GCAUCGAAUAUCCACUGGGAGGCGUCGUGGGUCCAGCGCGUCGUCUAAAAAUAGAACUGGGAAAAAAGGAGGCGGGACGUAGCUGCCAAUCACCGAGGUGGGGCGUUCAAUGGAGCAACGGAAUAUUUAUACAGUAAGUCCCGGUAAAAUAGUGAUUUGAGCUGCGAGAUAGGUUUAAAAAAACGUGGACUCGAUUAAAGUGAGCAAAUAAAUCCACGUAAAAAAAAAAAGUACACACAAUACACCAGCGUGGUAAGUAAAGUGUGUGAUUAGCCCCCAUGUAACAGACGGGGAUUAAGAGUGUGUAAUUAUGAAUAAGCAUACGUCAGCAGAUAAACAGCCGCCGCUGCGUGGGGAUGCCCUCCUGCGAACAGGCAUUGCCACGACGCGGAGGUCCCAAGCCUGCCCGGCGGGGCAGCGCUCCAUUCCCCUCCCUCCCCUCUCCUCCCUCCCUCCUCCAGGACAGGACAGCAUCAAGAUGGCGGUGCAGGCAGCAGAAAACGACGCGAUUAACGUGGAGGAUGAGCAGCUGAACGACUCGCUGGGCAGCGCCGGCCUCAUCUCACCUGACAAGGAGGAUCUAGCACGUCUUCUGACGGUGCCUUUCAGCGGACGCAUCAGGGGCGGCAUGAGGCCCGGGAAGAAGAUCAUAGUGAUGGGUAUUGUGGACCUGGAGCCGGACAGCUUCAACGUGAGCCUGACGUGCGGACGGGACUUGGACAAGGAGGAUCCGGCGUACGAUGUGGCCCUGAAGCUCACCGCCCGCUUCUCGGACCGGCAGUUCCUACGCAGCGCUCGCAUCGCCGGGAAGUGGACCCAGGACGAGGCCUCCACCGCCUACUUUCCCUUCAUCCCCGAUCAGCCUUUCAGGGUGGAGAUCCACUGCGAGCACCAGCGGUUCCGAAUAUUCGUGGACGGACACCAGCUCUUUGACUUUUACCACAAAGUAAAAUCUUUGACGUCCAUCGACACUGUGCGGAUAGCCGGAGACCUACAGAUCACCAAGCUGGGCUAACGGCACACGCCGCCGCUCGAAAGGUUGUGCGUGUGUGCGUGCGUGUGUGUGUGUGUAUACGUGUGUGUGUUUGUGGGGGUGCGCAGCAAGGACUUGGCACACAUAACUCAUCACACACACACAAAAAGCUCCAAUGGGAAGUUUCUCUGCUUUCUUUCUUUGUAUUUUCUUUUCUCUUCUUUUAUUAUUGCGUCACAUUCCACAGCAUUUUUUACACCUUUCAGGAAAUGUUGCAUAGCAACAAACUCUUGCUUAUGCAACGUGCACAUGUGUAUCUAAUUGGACCUCGGGUUGUUUUUAUUUGGUCUCGAUCCGCUCUGAGAUGUUUUUAUUGGAUAGUCACAAUAUUUUGUUUUUCGAGCCGAUCGCGAUAAUUUCCAGCUAAACACCAAUUAC